AAUUAUGGUUAGACGGAGUAUAGUUUGUGCACCCAUGGUUAUAGCUAAAAAUAUAAAAAAUAUUUUAUUCUGUAGUUUUCUCUUGUGGUUUUAGAUACUCAAUAGAAUAAAAAAUCACUAGUGUGUCGUUUACCACUUAGAGGAUGGAAUUCCAUAUUCCUAUCCUAAGGUUUAUCAUCAACCAAUAUUGCACGGCUUUAAAAUAACCUCAUAUAAAAAAGGAAGUGAAGUACCAACGCAUUGGACUCAAAAACUGGCACCAAAGGUCCUUAACAUACAACUUAACAUCAGCUAUUUUGAUGCUGAGCCGGUCCUUUUGAGACCGGAUCAACAAGGUAGUAUUUGGGUACCUCCAGAAAUUACAAGAUUUUUUAUUAGUUAGGAAACGAAAUAGUCUAAACCUACACAUAAUUAUGGAAACUGUUGUAAAGGGCACAGCCGUAAAGAGAAAAAAACCACCUGCAGAGUUUACAGCAGACAAUAUUGAUAACACAGCUCCUAUAAAGAAGAUUUUAGAUGACCUACAGCACAAAAAUAACCAGGCUUUCUCAUUUUACUCCAAAACAUUGCGACAAAGACGAACAAAUAAAGAUAACCAUUACAAUUACCAUUUCGCUGUUACUGGUCAUCCGUUAAAUGAUUUCACAGAAAACUGGGAUGGUGGUUUGAAUUCAAUUUACUUUGAACAAUUCACAUAUAAAAGUUUGUUGCCAAAAAUAAUUUCUGAAAUUAAACAUAUAGACAAAGUUGACCCAGUUACCAUUUAUAUGAAAGUAAAGAGUGAUUGGAAUAGAGACUGUCGUAACCUUCGACUAUCAGCUACUCACAGUAAUAUGUUGCAAAAGUAUGAAAAACUCAAUGACCAAGUGGUUCAUUGCCCAAAACAUUUAGUAAACAUGGCAGCCCAUUUAGACAAUAAUCCAGAUCCAUACUUUGACAGCUCAUACAACUGGUAUUAUGCUGGUAAUGGUAAUUUACACGUAAUUUGCAUUGACUGGGUGAAUUACUUGUUGCAUAGUGAAUUUAGUAAUGUGUAUAUAACAUUGUUCUCCAAAAAUGAUAUAAAAGUGAACUCCACCCAUGCAGCAAUUUUUACCUGUGGAGUAGGCAACAACAUACUUGAGACCAUCUGCUCUAGAGAAAACAUUGUUGCUUUGAGAACAAAAUACAAAAUAUUCAUAUUAAAACUUCUGAACUCAAACAAUAUUAUAGAAUUCAACCAAAUCAAAGUUAUGGAGUCAGAAUUUCCAUUUACAAGCAUAUCCUUUGACAAGUACCACAAGAAUAUUUUGUAUGUUACUAUGUUGAAUUCCAAAUUGACUAUUGUUAAUUUAGAUAGAUUGACUGGAAGAUCUAUAAAAUUUGAAUACAACAUUCCCUCAUUUGUAGACAAUUGGAACACUGUGUUUAGUUCUGACCGUACCACAUACACUCACGUAACAAGGAAUUCAGUGGUUAUGUAUGAUAAAAGAACAAAUUCCACAAUUAAAACAUGGAAUGCACUCAGAGAAAUUACAGAUGAAGUCGGAUGUAAUGAUAUCUCUGCUGCACAUCAGCCUGAAGGAGCCUCAUCAUUAUAUUUUGGUACAGAUCACCAUCUUUUCCUAAUGGAUAUUCGAUUUAUUAAAAAGUUUAAGCCAGUACAAAGGUGGACACAUGGAAUGCAAUGUAUACCAAUAUACAUAACAACAUGCCAUUUUGAAUUCAAUAAAGAAUUAAUCUGUUUAAGCAGUCAGUGGUGUGAGGAUACUUGUGUUGUUGUAAAUUACACUGAUCAUAUAACAAUGGGAACGGAAAUAAAAGCUGUAGUACUUCCGUAUCGACCGCCCAGCAUAUUGAAUUCACUUCAUGAAGCACGACAGCAGGCACUUUGCCUGGAUAUGUAUAAUCCGAUAGAUGGCAGGCUUUCCACAGCAAUAACUGGAAGUGUAAUAAUGGAACAAGGUGAAAACUAUAUUAUUUUGAUGCAAAAUUCCUUAGGUGACAUAUCCUCGCACAUACUGUUUCCUGAACAUAUGGAGACAUUUAUAGAUGAUAAUAGUAUCCAAGAACUAAAUGAAUGGUGCAAGGGUUAUAAACUAGAGAAGAAAACAUUUGAAGUCACAUCUAUAGAAGACAUAUCAGACACUUGGAAAUGUCUAAAGAAAGUGCCAGACUAUCACAAAUUUAUUGAAAAUAAGUUAUGCGAACAGAAAUUUGAUGAAAAGGAAAUUUGUGAGUCUUUUUCAAACAAAGAAUUAGAUAGUGGUCUCUUAGAUGUAUGGACCAAUGCUUUAAGCCAAAUUCCAACUGAAACCACUAUAGAAGAGUCAUCAUUAGCUUUAAAUUUACAUUACUCAGACAGCGAAUAAUUAAAAUGCCAAUGAAUAUUGAUAAACAUCUAUAUUUUCUAUCUAUAAUGACUUCAAAUCCGCAUACGCACUCGCAUACAACCUAUAUGCAUAUACACAAACAUCUUAUUAAGAUUAAUUCAUAG